GAUUAUUUCCACAGCAGCUCGAGCUGGACAGGCACUAUUGAUUAUAGUCGCGCAUUUGCGCGCUUCUGCAUAUUCCACAAAGAUGCCAAUGAUCUAGAACUAUCAAGGGGAGUGGGGACCAAAGAAAAAAAAAACUCUGAAGAAAACAACUGAACCACUAAGUAGAUAUCAUUCAGCCUGAACGUACGGAACGUAGAGCUGCUGUCUGGAUCAGCAGAUAGACAUGGAAUCCAGCACUGGAGAAACUGACAAGAAUGGAGAGGAACUCACAGGGAGGAAGAAGUCACGUUUUAAACAGCUGAAGACACGUCUUUUUGGGAAACUGAAGAAAAAGGAAAGUGAAGGCCUGAUGAAGCAAAGUCAGUCCGCCAGUGACAUCACAGCUCCAGAGGGUAGGAGGGAAGGAUAUGACUCUGAGGAUGACUGUUUGUACCCACAGUGCCUGAGCACCAGGGCGAUGUCCCAUGAUAGCAUCUUUAUUACUGAUCAGACCCAGACCCCAGAACCAACAGGGGUUCUUUCACAAGAGAACGUUCAUGGCAAAAUUAAGGCUUUGCAAUUAAAACUACAGCAACAGAACUUGCGUCUGGGCUCUCCUCCAAUGUCAAUCUCUGGUAAAUGCACAGAGGACUCAGGAGCAACUUCAGAGGAUGAUGGUUUACCUUGCAGCCCACCUGAGAUGUCCUUCCAUGAGCGAGGGAUGCAUGGAGUAGUUUACAAGUAUCCAGAACAUCUGAGCUCUCUAAGUUUAGCAGGAACAGGAAGUGAAGAGGAGGAACAGGGUGAUCCGUUCCAGUCAUCAUCAAGGCCUUUAUCACCAGUUUCUAAGCUGUCUCCUCAGACAGUCAUCUCCCCCACCUCAGCUUCGUACACACCACCUACAGGAGUUGACUUCAGUAGCCCUGUGUAUUACACGCCAAGGUUGGAUAACUCGGCCGCUCGUCAUCGCAUGUUAAUCAAACCCAGGAACCAAAGAGCCAGUACAAAGGGCAAAAAAGUGCCAAUGGAAUCUCUCUCUCCCAAGCAUUGCUCAGGAAGUCUAAAUGACUUGAACAAUGUUCUGUCUGAGGAGGGUGUUGAUAUUGAAACCACGAUGUCCACAGAGACAAUGUACAAUCACUUGUGCUCUUCUCCAACUUUGACUUUAACUGAGAAACCUACCUCUCCAGAACCACAAACAACUACACCUGCAAACUCACUGCCGAUCCAAGAGGAGAGAUGCACCGUAAUUGAAAUGAAUCCCCCAUUUACUGAUGUUGAAACCCUCAAGUCUCUUGAACCUGAGGAGAAUGUCACCGCCAACCCUCUCUCUUUGCAACCGACACCCAUUGGCUUGACCACACUGUCUUCUUGUAGAGUAUCAUCUUCAGAACAUUAUCUUGAAUCCAUGCAACCAUCAAGGGAAAUGGAGCCAUUUAGAGCCCAUUCACUUGUCCAGAGAUAUGAGGCAGAGGAGAUCCAACCAUCAAGGGAAGUAGAUCCAUUAAGAGUCCAUUCGCCAAUCCAGAGAUCUGUUACUAAGGAGAUCUUGAUUUUUGAUGAAAAAAGAUCUCAAGGAUCAAAUGAGAACAAAGGUGGGCUACAAGCAGAAGCACCGCUCAAAGUACAACUUGUACCUGUGCCUCAAACCAAAAAAACUAAAAUGGAAAUAAGGAACCCUCCCUCUCCUAAAGGUGCCACAGAAGCCUAUCAGAAGCCUUGGGAAGUUGGAAUGGAAUCUUCUACACCAGAACUGGUUGGUAGGACUACAGCACCCUUUAAAGGAGUUGUUGCGCCCCCUUCUGCAAGAGAGGGUGAUGCCAAAUCACAGACACCUAACACUGGAGCAUUUCAGUUUUCCAUCGCACCUGCUAAGUAUCGCUCCAAAAUGACUAGUGAGAAUGCGGCGAAGCAGAACGAGGGAUAUUCGAAAGAUGUUCCAGGAAUCAAGAUGCAAUCCAACAAACCCAACCCAGAGCCACUAAAGGACGAAGCAAGGGAGACAAAACCAACAGAGUUGCAGCUCCUUCAUCAGAUGCAAGAGACAAAGAGCAGUAACCAUAGAGAAGUAAUAUCUCCUGUUAUGUCCAAACCAGCACUAGGAAACCACCUUAAGAAGAAUGAGACCUCUACAGAAUAUGUUGAAAUGGAGAAAGCCGAGGAACCUGAAGACCGGAAGAGUGCUUUUGGGGUGCAGCUUCGCACCACCUCUCUGUCUCUGAGAUAUCGCUCUGAGGUUUCCAAAAUUAAGGAUGAAACCAAGCGAUACAGUUUAGAGUCGAAUCAAAUGCUAGCAGCCUCAGAAGAGCAUGCUCGGAAAGCAGAUACCUCCAAAAAUAUGUUGGAUGGCAAUUCCAUCAAAAAGCCCAGUGCUCCCGAAAAAAAAGAUUUACAGAAUCUGCACUCUCAGCUUCCUGCCACAGAUAAUGGAAGAUCAUCCCAAGACAUGUUGGGACAAAGUAAAGAGGCUGGAUCUGAGCCAGGCUGGAUGAGUCUAGCAAGAGAGAAGACCAGGGCUUACCAGCCAUUCUUGAGCAGAUUUACCACAAAUCAAUCACCGCAAGUCCACUCUCCACCGCAAGUCCACUCUCCACCUCCAACAGUACCUCACUUGCAGCCUCCAACACCAUCCUCACAGCCCAAAACACAGCCAGUAACCACCAUGUUUCUUCCAUUGAAAACACAGCACACACUAAAUGCACCAAUUCAGACAGCCAACCAGCAAUCUUCACAAGUGACAACUCCGAGAUCUCCCACUAAACCAACCCCAAGUGGAAUAAAAGACAAGCAAUUAUCAUCAGGUUGGAGGGCAGAGAACACAAUUAGCCCAUCAGCAGGUGGAGGAAAAAUAACUGACAUUAAGGAUAAAAGCAUCCCUGCAGUUAGGAUCAGUACAUCAGCAACUGAAUCAAUAAAGAGAAAAGCAGUACCCAGUAAGAUGGAAGGGAAUACAAGCCCCAUCACACCCACCAACACAGAAUUACCGACUAUCACAUCUGAGCUUCCAUCAUCAUCAUCCUCAUCAUUAGACUCACAGCAGCAGUGUCGGUCUGAUGGAGCUCAGCCAUCUUGGAUGGAGCUUGCCAAAAGAAAGUCUUUAGCUUGGAGUGACAAAACUUUAGAUUUUAUUUGAAACAAGCAACCAGGGACAUUCAGAGUUAGAGUGUUGGAAUAGCGAAUGUUACAAUGAAUGAAUGUAAAUGUUAUAUAUGUUCAUAAAUUGAUCUGUUGUGUGUGUGUGUGUGUGUGUGUGUGUGUGUGUGUGCGUGUGUGUGUGAGCGUGUAUUUAUCACUUUGUGGGUACCAAAUGUCCCCAUAAGGAUAGUAAAACCCGACAUUUUUGACCUUGUGGGCACAUUUUGUCGGUCCCCAUGAGGAAAACGGCUUAUAAAUCAUACUAAAUUAUGUUUUUUGAAAAUGUAAAAAUGCAGAAUGUUUUCUGUGAGGGUUAGGUUUAGGGGUAGGGUUAGGUUUAGGGGAUAGAAUAUAAAGUUUGUACAGUAUAAAAACCAUUAUGUCUAUGGAAAGUCCCCAUAAAACAUGGAAACACAACAUGUGUGUGUGUGUGUGAGUGAGUGAGUGAGUGAGUGAGUGAGUGAGUGAGUGAGAUUUGUCUUGUUUUUUGCUGUUUGAUUGUUUUAAAUAUAGUGCAUUUGCAAUAGACAAGGCUUACCUGUAGCUUUAAAGAAUUACAUGUUUACAAAUGUUUGAAAUAUAUUACACCAUGCAUUUGUUGUCUUUUACUGAUCAAGUUUUCCUAUAUAUAAAUUAUAGAGCUCAUACCUGUAUGA